UUUUUAAUCUGUGAUUGUUUUGAAUUUAUUUGAUUGUGAUUUUACUAGUUGCAGUCUGUAGUUGUGAAGUGUAAAGUUAAAUAGAUAUCCAUGAGCCAUGGCAUCCACAUGCACCAUGCCCAUAUGGAAGUCUGACAAAGAAAAACUUUUUCUAUUUAAUAAAUUAAUGGGAAGCAAGAAUGUCACAGGAAAACUUCUUGAAGAGGUCACAUCCCUGGACUAUAAAAAGAUUAUGAUGUAUAUCCAAAGGGAUUUGCAAAAACAGAAAUGUGACAAAGAGUUACCUUUGGGGGUGCUGACAGUGCUUGUAGAAAAUAGUGUUCACAGUAUUUAUAUGGAUGUAAUAAAAAUGUUGAAGGAGAACCUAAUAGAAGAGGAAGUUGCUAAUAAUAUUAUGCUGAUUCUAAAUAAUCAUGUGAAACAAUUGUUCAUCCAUCAGAAGAUUAAACACCUGACUACCCUUUACAGUGCUUGGCAAUCGUAUGAUUUAGAGAGGUUUUCUACAGUUCUCAGUGAUUCAUUUAAAAGUGAGGAUGAAAAACUAUUAUAUAAAAAAAAUUUGUUGACCCAAAUUGUGCCCUAUGUUUUCAAUGUCAAGGAUCACUCGGAAACAUUAGAACUAGUUGCUAUUGAUUUAGCACUGACACUGGCUUCAAUAAAAUCCAUCGUUACAUUGACUUCUGAGGAAUCUCGUGCAUUCCUGAACAACAUGAAUAGGUAUAUAGUUAUCACUCAAAAAUUACGAGACUCAUCUUUUGACAGCUGGCCAAAGUUAUGGAUGAUCAUGAUAAAAUUAUUGGGUACAAGACUACACACGACGCCGAACUUAUUGAAGUUAAUGUUGAAAAUUGUUGAAAAAUCCUUUAAAGUAGAAGAUAUGAAGCAAAAAAUUAGGGCGUUCGAUUGUUGGAAAGUGUUAAUCGAAAAUUUUAGUUUGGAUAUGGUGUAUUUCAUUAAUGACAAGCAUGUUAAUCUUGUUCUGACACCUUUAACUUCAAAAUCAGGAAAGUCUGACGCUUUAACAAUUAAGAGGUUUGAGGUUUUCAAGCAUCUUUUGAUGAGACUUCAAUAUGAGUCUCUGUUAGUGUUGAAGCAAUUUCUAAUAUUUUGUUUUGGAGAAAUUGGGGAAACAUGUGAUCCUAAGUACUGCUAUGCCAAAGAAGUGCCUGAAUUAAAUAUUGGAUGCGCGAAGGUUCUACUAGCUAUACUUGGCCAUUCCCACAAGGAUGUUGGAUACUGUUUAGAAACAAGUAAUGAAAUUCAAUUGGAACCUGGGCUAUUAGAAUCAAAAAAUAUUACUCAUUUGUACCCCAUUUUAAUAAAUUCGGUUGUGGAAUGCUGUAAACUUCUACAGCUAGCAUUGAGAAAAAUUACCAGGAAUAGGGUUUCACGCUGUCUCUGGUACUCACUUAUGAAAAUAUUACUCCAAGAUGAUGACAAAUUAGGAUAUGUAGGAGAGCUCAUUGGACAAAUUUUAAAUAACUUGAUAAUGCGUAAUGACCGAAAUUGCCGCAAUUUAUCUGCUGUAAUAUUCAAGGCCAUAGUUAGCUACGAUGAUUUACCAAAAGUGACACAAAUUGUUCUCAACCAAAUUACUGUACUUGUCAAAGUGAUAUUCACUGUGCCUUUGAGCAAGAAUAGUAUCGUUGAGAUUGGUCGUCUUGUCGAAAUCAUAAACAAACUAAAUUGCGAGGGAGACAAUCCAACAUUUUUCAAAGAGAUCUACAAGUGCUAUAGCAAAUUUAAAACUGUGCAUGGCAAUGCAGAUUUUGUAGCUCGACUAUGGGUGUUAUUGACUGUGCAUCUAAAAGAUUAUGCUGAAGGAGAUUCCUUAAAUUACUUGGUCUGGCCUGUUCUUUAUUUAAAUCAUAUCACAUUCACAGAAAUCACCAGAAUGAUUUUCAAACAGUAUGAACAUAAAGUUUUGCCCUCUGUAGAAAAAUCUGAUCCACUACAUUUAAAGUUAUUUCAGUAUUUUAAAACAUGUAGUAUGAACGAUGUAGCUCAGCUUAACAGGAUUUUGAUGAUAAUCACAUGGUUUAAUCCUAAGAUAACUAAUAAGGAGAUACUUGAUAUCACUCUAGAGAUCAUACAUUCAAUACUUCUAACUACCAACACAGCGGAAAAUACACAACGUGUUGAAUCUUACAUUAGAAAAUUGUACGAAUCAUGUGUAAGGGUGGAUCUAGAUGCAAUCACAAUGCAGAAGCUUUACUCUUGCAUUGAAGAUCUUCUUAAAUUUAAAUAUUUUGGAAUUUUAUCUGAUGUUGAAUCAUUUUUAAGAAAGUCUCCAGACGAUAUCAAAUUGGUGCAUAACAAUUUUCUAACUAUAGAUUUUUUGAAGAAUCUAAGUUUUGACAAGGAAACCAAUUUAGAUAUAGGAGAACAAAUCUCUCGAUUAAUUGACCUGUUUCAAAAUGCCAAAGGUACUAAAAAACGAAAGUUUGUGAAACGCGUCUUGCCUUCUGGAGGACGAUCAGCGAGAAUAGCUGCUCUGGUCACAGACAUUUCAGCUAGUCAUAGUAGAACACCUGACAAAUCAGUUAAUGAUACUCUAGUACCAGAAUGUGAACUGCCUUCUGGAGGACGAUCAGCCAGAAGAGCUGCUUUGGUCACAGACAUUUCAGCUAGUCAUAGUAGAACACCUGACAAAUCAGUUAAUGAUACUCUAGUACCAGAAUGUGAGCUGCCUUCUAGAGGACGUUCAGCCAGAAUAGCUGCUAUGGUCACAGACAUUUCAGCUAGUCGUAGUAGAACACCUGACAAAUCAGUUAAUGAUACUCUAGUACCAGAAUGUGAACUGCCUUCUGGAGGACAAGCAGCCACAAUAGCUGCUUUGGUCACAGACAUUUCAGCUAGUCAUAGUAGAACACCUGACAAAUCAGUUAAUGAUACUCUACUACCAGAAUGUGAGCUGCCUUCUGGAGGACGAUCAGCCAGAAGAGCUGCUCUGGUCACAGACAUUUCAGCUAGUUGUAGUAGAACACCUGACAAAUCAGUUAAUGAUAAUCUAGUACCAGAAUGUGAGCUGCCUUCUAAAGGACGAUCAGCCAGAAUAGCUGCUUUGGUCACAGGCAUUUCAGCUAGUCAUAGUAGAACACCUGACAAAUCUGUUAAUGAUACUCUAGUACCAGAAUGUGAACUGCCUUCUAGAAAACGAUCACCCAGAAUAGCUGCUAUGGUCACAGACAUUUCAGCUAGUCAUAGUAGAACACCUGACAAAUCAGUUAAUGAUACUCUAGUACCAGAAUGCGAGCUGCUUUCUAAAGGACGAUCAGCCAGAAGAGCUGCUCUGGUCACAGAUAUUUCAGCUAGUUGUAGUAGAACACCUGGCAAAUCAAUUAAUGAUAAUCUAGUACUAGAAUGUGAGCUGCCUUCUAAAGGACGAUCAGCCAGAAUAGCUGCUUUGGUCACAGACAUUUCAGCUAGCGAUAGUAGAACACCUGACAAAUCAGUUAAUGAUACUCUGGUACCAGAAUGUGAACUGCCUUCUAGAAAACGAUCACCCAGAAUAGCUGCUAUGGUCACAGACAUUUCAGCUAGUCAUAGCAGAACACCUGACAAAUCAGUUAAUGAUACUCUAGUACCAGAAUGUGAGCUGCCUUCUAGAGGACGAUCAGCCAGAAUAGCUUCUUUGGUCACAGACAUUUCAGCUAGUCGUAUUAAAACACCUGACCAAUCAGUUAAUGAUACUCUAGUACCAGAAUGUGAAUUGCCUUCUGUGGGACAAUCAGCCACUAUAGCUGCUUUGGUCACAGACAUUUCAGCUAGUCGUAGUAGAACACCUGACAAAUCAGUGAAUGUUACUCUAGUACCAGAAUGUGAACUUAAAAUUACAAAAAAUACUGAUGAACAUAUUUCGAUGAAACUCAAAGAUGAAAUAAAAUCAGUGCCAAAGAGAAAGGUAGGGUCUACGCCAAUGUCAACAAGUCCCAGGGUAUUGCGGCGUUCUAGAAGAAAAAGCCGUCGACUUUCUUGCUGUUUAGAAUUAUUUACUUCUGACAAAAAAUCUGCGGAUUUGACUAAUGUUGAACAUAAAGAUGAUGAUGAUGAUGAGAUUAUAGAGAGCUCUCAAGGUUUCGACAAUAAUAUUUCCCGCAAAUUAGCCUUAUGCAAAGAAUUGCAUAUUGAAGUAGAUGAUAUAAUGACUAAUCGCAAUGCAACACCCAAAAAGAGGGGAAGGCCACCAAAAAGCAGAAGCGUCAGCGCCAAAAGUAUGACAGACGAGUUAAUCGAUAUAAUGGCAAAUGGCAAAACAAUGCACAAAGAGAGAGGGAGGCCACCAAAAAAAAGAAGAGCCAGCACCAAAAGUAUGACGGACGAGGAAAUCGUGGAUAUUUCCACCCAAUCUGAGGCUGAGGAUACACAAACUCAGGAAACUGCUUUGUCAGGUGCAGAGGUCACAACCGUACAAUUUAAACUUGAUUUACCUCAAAAGCCAAUACUUACUGAAUCAGAGGAGGUAAUUUCCGAAAUGGAUACAGCCUCAAUCCUAUUAGAUUCAAAUCAAUUGAUGGAUUCCACUGAGAAGCAAGCACUAACAGGCAUUGAACUUUCAACAGAUCAGGUAUUUGCUACACCGACCUCUGAGCCUUCAUCAACAAGGCUGCCGACUCCCGAUGUAGAUUUUGCGAAAAAUGCCCCUCCAGGAUCUCAAGAAAAGAGCAACGCUCCCGAAAAUGCUAAGGAAUCAUUGCAGAUGAUUGAUAAAGCAGUUGAGAAAGUUCCUUUGAAAUCCCCAAGGAAAGAUAAAGCCAGAUCUAAAACUGUAGCUCAAAGAAGGAUAUUCAAUCAAGGAUCAAGUCGAAUUAGCUUGUCCGCUAGACCCGAACUCAUUAUGUCGCCAUCGUCCAGGACACAAAAAUUAAUGUCGAACAUCAAACUACUUCCGCUGUCGCCUGAAAUGAUUCCUGAAGUUGCUCAAGAGGAACAGGAAACGGUCUUGACAUUUAAUCGAGUAGUUCCAAGCCCACUGGCAGUUCCGAAGAGUAGCAUUUUGAAGAGGAAAUCUGCUCACUCCCCUGAAAAAAAAUCAUCUGUUGCUAAGCGGAGGCGAGUCAACUUCAGCGACCCCUGCAUAACAAAAAAAGUACUUAUAAGAAGGGAUCAACCAAAAAUUUCCCGAAACCUUGAGACUGUCAAGGUAGAUACUAGACUCAAUGUUCAAGUGGGUCACGAUGUGCCAAUUUAUCCACAUUUAAAGGAUUGUAAUGAGAACUUGAGUUUAAUAACCAAACAUUUGACAGGAACACUGACUCUUGAGCAAGUACUCUGUAUUCUAUCCUCUAAUAAUAUUCACACUAUUGGUGAUCUUGCCAUGCAAAGUGAAUUAAAUAUAUCUAGAAUGCAGUUUAUAGUUCCUGAUGUUUUCAACACACUUGAUGAUUAUUAUCGUAGAAAUUUUGAGAGCGAGAAAGCUUUUAAUGAGAUGGUUGUCAAUGAGCAAGCUAACGAAUCACUAGCACUUGACGAGGAUAUUGGAAUUGAAGAAGAAAUCAUUCGGGCUUUGAAGAGAGCUAAAUCUAAGGGCUUGUCCAUUGAGCAACUGUUGAAGAACUGUGUUGAAAAAUGUUGCCCUGAAUCCAAAGCCUUAGUUCAGCAAUUUGACAUUUCUGCCAUACCCUUGCCAAAUAUAUCAAAAGAGAGAGGAUUAAAUUUGAUCCAAACGAUUAUUGACUUGACUCAAAGUAGUAUCAGCCUUGCAGCGGCUCAAGUGGACAAAGUCAUACUUGAAAGAAAAGAUGAUGGAGAUUAUAGAGUGGUUAUCAGCUAAAUGGUUGGUAAUCGCAUCGAACAGUAUAAUAUCAGUGUUUUAGCUAAUUUGAUACCUACUCUAUGUAUGGCACCAAUAAAUGAAUCCAAAGAGCAACACAUAAAUUAGAAAUUACAUUUAUUUCAUGCGUUGUAUCCAGAUACUAAGUGGAGUGGAUUAAUAAUGGGGAUUAAUAAUCCUGAAAUAAACACCCAUGAUUAGGGAAAAAAGCCGGAUCGUAGUACUUAAUCUAUUCCACCAAAGGACCCCGCACACCUCUUAUGGGUUUUUGGUUUUCUGUCAAACACAAUGAAAUUUUGAUAUGUGUUAGACCUUGACUUCCUGAUAAAAAGUUCUCAUGGGCCCGAACCAAUCCUAUGAUUAGUUUUUGAGAUACAGGUACUUUUAUGUCCAAGAAAUGUAUACAUUUUAUAUGUAUUCACAAUCUACCUGUCACCUAAUAAUAGGCCUGUUUCUGCAAAAAUCACAAACUUGUCAGAGCGAAUUUGAUUGGUCGAAAACAGUCAGAAACAGUCAGAAAACUAGUUACAACCAAUGAAAUUCACUCUGACAGACCUAAUAAUAGGUGACAGGUAGAUGUGAAUGCAUAUAAAAUGUGUAAAUUUUUUGAACAUUAAACCACCUGUAUUUCGGAAACUAAUCAUAGUAUCGGGUUGGGCCCAUGAGAACUUUUUAUCAGUAAGUCAAUUAAAGUAAGUAAUAUCAAAAUUUCAUUGAGUUUGACAGAAAACCAAAAACCCAUAAGAUGUGUGCGGGGUCCUUUGUAGAGAUUUGAAAAAUAUCAGCCUGACUGUGGAUUCUUAUUCUACUAAUUUUGCUCCGUUAUUGAAAAAUUUUGCUCCAAAAACAUUCCAUAGUUACAGAGGUUUAAAAAAAUAUUGAUCACCCCUCCUCCACACCAAUAAUUUUUUUCCCGAUCUGACUAUGGAUUCAUACGGCUAUUUGCACCGCUACAACUUAAGGGAUAUUUAAUCCAAGUGAAGCUUUGAAUGGGACUCUUGUAGAAACAAAAGUCACAUUCAAAGCUCCACUUAGAUUAAAUAUCUCUUAAGUGAUAGACGUGCAAAUAGCCAUUAGACUACUAAUUUUACUCAAUUUUGCAAACUUAUCGAAAAAUUUCGCUCCACAAUCGUUCCGUAUAGUUACAGAGGUUUAAUCCUCAAAUUGUUUAAACAAUAUUAAUCAGAUUUGGCCAUCGGUAUUUGCAUCCACGAGCAAAGAGAGCAAAUUUUGACGGAUGUCACGUGAUCACUUAUCUUUUUUCACUUAUCGAAUCACGUGAAAUCUGUCAAAUUUUGCUCAUUUUGCACGCAGAAGAUGCAAUUACCGAACCCAAUUACAGUAUAAGUAAUACCUAUAACAUAAAUGAUUUCUUUUAUGAGUAAAUAUAUUGUUCACUAAAUUUCUUUUUGUUCAGUCUUUCUGUUCUUUGUCUUUUUUUAUUUGUAAGACUCUAGAUUUUACUUCAAAAUAGUUGUGGAGUGAAAUAUUUCAAUUAGGGAGCAAAAUGGAGCAAAAUUAGUACCUAGUCUAAAAAUCCACAGUCAGAUAAGGAAAAAAAGUGGUAGAAGCAGGGCAAAUUGAAAUUUUUCAAACCUCUGUAAUUACGGAACGGUUGUGGAGCAAAAUUUCUCGAUAACGGAGUAAAAUGGAGCAAAAUUAGUAGAAUAAGAAUCCACAGUCAGAUAGGGAAAAAAAGUGGUGGCUGAUUGAUAUUUUUUAAACCUCUGUAACUACGGAACGGUUUUGGAGCAAAAUUUUUCAAUAACAGAGAAAAAUUAAUGCUUUUGGAUUUGCGCUUUUAACUAGGCUUAAAAAGGAUUAGCACUAAUCUUAAUCCAUUUAAUAGUUGUGAAAUAAAUGAAUAUGGAUUAAUAAUCCCUAAUCCACUUAGUAUCCGGAUACAACGCGUGAAAUAAACGUAAUCAAUGUAAAUAAUGGUAACAGAACGUUUGGUUACUAAUUUACCAGCAAAUGAGACUUUUGAAUUUUUGCUCACUACGCUAAACAAAUUAUUGUAGUCAUUGGAAAAAUUUGCUUUGGUCGCAGAUCAAAUUCAAUGUAUUUUUUACUUUCUUUGUCAUAUAUGAGCCUAUUUAUUCAGGCUCUCUAAUUAUAUUUAGUGGUACGAAUUAUUUAAGGACUUAUUUAUAAGUUAUAUGUAGAAAUUUUUUUGUGUUUGUAUUUUAUACAUGUAUUCGUUUUACUUUUAUUUUUUGACUGAUUAUUGUAUACAUGUAGAUAUUUCAAUAACAUUGAAUCGUUUUGUCCGUUUUUAUUUUAAAUUGGUAUUUUUCUUUAUUAGCUUUUUUAAUAAGAUGUGUAAGACAAUAAAGCAUAAUAAAUAUUUUGAUUCGA